AUGGCAGACACCAACGACGACAAGAGCGAGAAGUCUCAACCAUCACCAGAGCUCGGCGAAAGCAGCGACAACAACAAUGGGAAAGACGAGACGAAGCACGUCGAAGAUGUCGAAGACAGACAGACGUCCGACUACUACGAGUCGCCUGAGUUCAAAGCGAGAGAAGCGAGGGUGAUUCGAAAGAUGGACUUCUACAUCGCUCCGCUGAUGGGCUCGCUCAACUUUAUCUCCUACCUUGACCGAUCGAACAUUGGCUUUGCCGCAACCCAAGGAAUGGUGGAUGACCUCAACCUGCAAGAGUCAGAUCUCAAUGUUGGCGUAUCAAUCUUCUACGUCCUCUACAUCUUGUCCGAAUUCCCAAUAUCAAUGUACGCAAAGAAAUGGCGCUUCGAGCGUGUCCUGCCCAGCCUCACCAUCGCCUUUGGCAUCAUCACCCUGGGCUCCGGAUGGGUCAACACCUACGGCGGGCUCGUCGGUACUCGUCUCAUUCUUGGUUUAUUUGAAGGCUGCCUCUUCCCUGCCCUCGCAUUAUUCGUCGCCAACUGGUACAAGCGAGAGGAGUUGGCCGUUCGAAUGGCAUUCCUGUUCGGCUCAACCGCGCUCUCUGGUGCCUUUGGUGGGCUGCUGGCUUAUGCCAUCUAUCACAUGGAUGGAGCUGCCGGGAUUGCUGGCUGGAGAUGGAUCUACAUCAUCGAAGGCAUCAUCACAAUCGUCUACGGCUUCAUCUGCUUCAUCCUCGUUCCCAGCUCGUACGAAAAAGCCCACUUCCUCAACGAAGACGACAAGGAAGUGAUGCGUUACCGCGAAAAGCUCAUGCACCACUACAACGGCGGCGCAGGCGAGUUCACGCUCCAAGACAUCAUCGUCGCUGCCAAAGACGUCAAGACCUGGAUCCAUUCGGCGUUGCAGUUCUGUGUUAUUACGCCGUUGUACGGCUUCAACAACUUCCUCCCCAUCAUCCUCCAAGACGGCUUGGGCUACGGUACCCUCUCGACCCAAUAUCUCACCAUCCCCGUCCAGCUCUGGGGUUUCGUGUUCUACUGCGUCAUCGUCUGGCUCUCGGAUCGCUACCGCAAACGCUACCUUUUCGAGAUCAUCUUCACACCUAUUACAGCAUUGGGCUAUGUCCUCCUCCUCUGUCCCAUCCCCGCAGGAGCGCACUACUUCGCCACCUACCUCAUCACAACCGGCUGCUACAUAAUCGCAGGCAACAACCUAGCCUGGACCUCCGCCAACGCCUCACCCGCCGCCAAACGCGCCGCCACCCUCGGCAUAGUCCUCACCUGGACCGACGUCUCGGGUCUCGUCAUAGGCCAACUCUACCGCUCCGAAUGGGCACCACGCUAUUGGGUCGGGAACGGCUGGACCGCUGGGGUGUUGGUGGUGGCGUGCGGGCUGUUUAGCUGGGUUACCGUUAUUUACCGGCGGAGGAAUGAGGGAAAGACUAGGAGGAUAGAGGGGGGCGAGAGGGAGGAGGAUGAUCGGACGGAUAGGGGGGUGGGUUUUGUUUAUCAGUGGUAG